AUGAUUUCCUUUCUGCAGGUGGAGCCAUAUCUGCCCUAUGAGUACACCUGUGAGGGGAUGCUGGAGAGAGUGCAUGCUUACAUCCAGAACCAGGAAUUCUGUGCACCCGAAGCUCCAUUUCCCUCAGCAAAUGCCUCCAGCAGUUGGCCAGGCAGCCCCCCCAGCCCUUUUGUCCUGCUGCCCAACUCCAGUGCCCUGGCCUGGGCCUCCAACAUCACUCCCCCCUCCUGGCCCCCGCUUAGCGCCCUGAGGCUGCUGGCCUCCCUGGAGGGCCAGUCAUGUAUAGAUGCGUGCCAGAGCGCAGGCCUGAUCUGUGAGCCCGCCUUCUACCGCUUCAUCAAUAUCAAAGAGGCCUUCAGCGGGCUGGAGGUGCAGUGUGAGGGGCUGGAGGCUGAGAUCAACCACAUCUUCCCAGCCUUCUCAGUGGAGAGUAGUGAGUGUGGCCUCCAGAAAGACCCUCUGCUGUUCAGCUGUGCCGGGGCCAACACCAAGUACCACCGCCUCUGUCCCUGCAGGGACUACCGUAAGGGCCAGGUGGCGCUGUGCAGGGACUGCUUAUGACUGUGACCAGCACCUGGGGGAAGAUGACCUGCCACCCCUCCCUCAGCCUUGGCCAUCCCAGGGGCCCUUUCUAUAGGUGGGAGGGACACUGAGGAGGAUGGCCCUGCUGGAGGUCACUGUGGGUGACACAGAGGAACCAGUAGGGUCGGUCGCCAUGGGGUAGAGGAGCAGCUGUACAAAAGAUCACUGCUGGUAUCAUUAUAGCACAGGGUGGAAUGCUUCACGGAACUGGAUAAUGUUAAAGUGAGACAAAGGAGACUCCCUACCUGCUGCUCUGAUCGGAGGCUCAGUGCUUUGGCAAUUCUGAAAUUACUAGAAUACCCAGUCGCCAAACCCACAAAAUGGCUGCCAAACAAGACGUGUGGCUGACAUAAUGCAUCUCAGGGAAAUGCAUGAUUGUACUGUACCCUGCUAAAGUGAUGACGCUGCUAUAAGGUGAAAGUUUUACAAUAGUCUUUAUGGACUACAUUGGGUCCAACAACAGGAAUGUUAGGGGGAUGGAGUUAUGAGGAACACAGAAAUGAGGGGAUUCAAAAUGAUAUCCCUGAUAAUUGUAUUGCAAUGCUAUAGUUGCUAAUAUCUGCAUUGCUUCAAGUGACAUGCAGAUACUGUAUGGAAUGUAAUGUUCUGUGAAAUACUUUGAUCAUAAUGCAGUUGGGAUAUUUGUACAGUAGAUGCACUAAUAGAUGUAAUAUUUUCCAUGUCUCAUACAUUAGUAUAUUUGUACAUACAAGUGUUGAUUAAUAAAAAAGACAA